UUUUUUCACAUUCGAAAGCCUUAACUUUUGAUCUGCACACAAAGAAGAAGAAGAAGAAGAAAGAAUUCAAAACCUAAAGCAACAGAGAUAUGGCAAUGAAGCGACAAUCUGGGGUGGUUACUACAGCCCCUCCACCACAAGCUGUCCGUCCCGUAUAUGAGGAUUUCCAGCCAAAAUACGAACAGAAGCAAGAAGCAACAGAACAUAUUAUACAAGUUCAUCUUCCUGGUUUUGUGAAGGAGAGAAUAAAAAUCAGAUACGUGAACUCCUCUCGUACGCUAAGGAUUCAGGGAGAGCGGCCUCGUCAAGACAAUAGAUGGAGCCGUUUCAACCAAACUUUCUCAGUUCCAGAAAAUUGCGACGUCGACAAAAUUCAAGCAAAGUUUCUAAGUGGGAUUCUCACCAUUACAAUGCCCAAGAUAGCAACAGUUGGUCCUGCUGCAGAAGACAAAACGGCAAAAGCAGCUCCAAGCCUUCCAAAGUCUACUCCCCAACCAAAGCUUCCAGAGGUUCCAGAGCAGAUUCCUCCUACGCCUGCUGCUUCAACUUCUGGGGUUGAAAAACCAAUGGAGGAGAAGAUCGCUCGACCUCCGAGUCUCAAGAGGGCUGCCACCGAGCCAAAAAUGGAAAAGGGUUUGGAAGAUAUUCCCCCAAAAGCAGCUUCAACUGCCAUUAACGAAAGACAAAGGGUUGUAGAGAGUAGCCAAUCUCAGAGUCCACCGGGAGCCACGGCCACCACCGAGCCGAAAGCACAGAUGGGUCAAGACUUAGCUCCCCCAAAAGCUGCUUUAACCACAGAUACUCUGAAGCUAAUGGACAAAACGAGUAUGGAGUCAAGCGCUAAGCAGGUUGAUCAGAAGUCCAUUCCAAAGAAAGAUGUACUGAUUGAGGGAAAUUGGAAGGCUGGAGAAACAAAAGAACCUGAGAAAAUUGUGGAAAGUAAAAUGGUUAAGGGAAAUGGGAAGGCUGGAGAAACAAAAGAACCUGAGAAAAUUGUGGAAAGUAAAAUGGUUAAGGGAAGGGAGAGUGGCGAGAAAAGCAGAGACUCUGUCAUGCCUGAAACCACUGCGCCAAAGAUUGCACAGACCGGAAAGGAGAAGAAAGAGAGACCUUCCGGUGUUAAGAAAGAGAAGCCUAAGGAGGAUUUCAGUUCUGAGAAAGGGAUGGGACUAAAGAAUAUGAUGGGUUCUGCUAAGCAGAGAGUGAAUGAUCUAGCCAAGAGGAUGAAUGAAGAAGACAGGAAGAUGCUAAUAAAUAUAGGUGCAGCAGUGGUCGUGCUUGUGGCACUUGGAGCUUAUGUCUCCUACAGCUAUGGCUCCUCUGGAAAAUCCGAAAAGUAGUUCUAAUGUUAAUUUCUACACGUUAACAAAAGCUUGAAGUUGUAAUCAUAAACAAUCUAUGAAUUUCAUUAUGCGGAAUAUAUAUAGCA